AUGGAACUAGUUAAUACGUUCGAUAGUUUACAUAUCGGAAAUGAUGCGGAUAAGGACGGAGAUACGAUUCUUCAUGUGGCAAUAAUAUGCUAUAUGAACGACAAUGCUCUGACACUCAUCGAUAAAAGCUGGUUGAAUAUUCAGAACUAUCUUCUUCAGACUCCGUUGCAUCUCGCUGUAUUAACUGGUCAGAUCGAUAUAGUUCGAGCUUUGCUGAGCAAAGGAGCUAUUGCGACUCUUCGCGACCACAAGGGAAAUACGCCUUUACAUAUCGCGUGUGAGAAAGGCGACAGGUAUUCCGUAGACGCUCUUGUUCGAUCUAUCAGUGACAUUUCGCAAAUUCGAAAUUGCGAAGGGUUAACGUGCGUUCACGUGGCGUCCAUGCGAAGAGAAUUCUUCAUUUUAGGUCUUUUGUUUCGCAGAGGCGCCGACGUCAACAUUGGCGACGGUAAAAGCGGAAGAACGGCGUUACAUUACGCCGUCGAGAAGAACGAUAUAGAAAUGGUUCGUUUCUUGCUGACGCAUCCGGAUAUCGAAGUAGAUCGCGAGACGUACAAAGGCGAAUCUGCGCUGUAUAUGGCAUUCUGGAGAAAUAAUCUGGGGAUCGUGAAGGAGUUAAUAGAGAAAGGAGCGUAUUUCGAUUACGGAUAUUUCGAGGGAGGUGUGUAA